AGCACACUUAACCAUAACAAAAUACAUUUACAUGUUGUUCGACCUACGUGAAACACUUGGCUCGAAUGUCAUUUUUAUCACAAUCUAUGGAAAGCGAUUUGGGUGUGAUCGUUGUGGUCUACUUAUCAUUGUUUUUGGACAAUGUACUUUUGACUGUUGUUGUGCCAAUUAUUCCUGAGCAUUUGUACUUACAAUGGAUUACAAAUACUUCAAGUAUUGUAAAUAACGCAACAAGAGAAGAUCAAUCAUUUCUUCAACGUUCUUUAAUGAAAAUCAAAUUGCAAACACUGGAAAAUGAAAAUGAAACAAUAGGCAUAUUAUUAUCGUCAAAAGCUAUCGUACAAUUGUUUAUGAACCCUUUAGUGGGAAUCUUAACAUCAUAUAUUGGAUAUAAUUUACCAAUAUUCCUGGGAUCAGUUCUUUUAAUUUUAAUAUCUGUUUUGUUUGCUUAUGGAGAAACUUUCAGUACAUUAUUAAUAGCUAGAAGUCUCCAAGGCACUGCAUCAGCACUCAUAAGUGUAUCUGGUAUGUGUUUGAUUGCUAAUCAAAAGCAUAUGUCGGAUUUGAAACGCAGUAAAGUAAUGGGUCUAGUUAUGGGAAGCAUAGCCUUAGGUGUAUUAAUUGGAUAUCCAUUUGGUGGAGUACUUUAUGAUUUCGUCGACAAAUCGCUGCCAUUUAACGUUAUUAUAUGUGCGAUUUCGUUCAAUUUAGGACUACAACUGUAUACUUUUAAUUUUAAUCUAGAAGAACAGCUUAACUACAGCAACGAAAAUUGGAAAAGUCUUUUAAAAGAUGGUUACAUCCUAUUGAUCGCCUUUGCAAUAUGUCUAACAUCGUCUACCAUGGCCAUUUUAGAGCCAUUUUUACCCAUUUGGCUCAUACAAACUAUAAAUCCAGAAAAAUGGCAGUUGGGUACAGUGUUUAUUCCGGAUAGUCUUGGUUAUUUAAUUGGUACAAAUUUCUUUGGCAGCAUAUCAUACACGUUUGGACAGUGGAGAAUGGCUGUAUUAGCGACUUUGCUAGUUGGUAUAUCUGCAAUUAUGAUACCUGCUGCUACGACAAUCAUAGGACUUGUGUGUCCACAUUUUGGUUUAGGUUUGGGUAUAGGAAUAGUAGAUUCUGCUUUAGUUCCUAUGCUAGCAAAUCUAGUGGAUACUAGACAUCCAAAUUUACACUAUGGAUCUGUGUAUGCACUUCAACAAACAGCUGUCAGUCUUGCAUAUUCUGUUGGUCCAAUUUUUGGAGGUAGAUUUGUGAAAUGUCUCGGUUUUCCAUGGUUAAUGCGAACUAUUGGAAUAUUGAACGUAUCCUAUUGUUGUUUGCUAGUACUUUUAAGUAAAGUAUCAAACAAUAAAAAUAAUAUGAUAAAAAGCGAUACAUUGAUAACCGAUUACAAAUCUACUGAUGUUUUAUCAUUCUUUAAUAAACCGAUUACUUACAAAAAACUCGACGAAAGCGAAAAUUAUUAAAUAUUUUUAAUUG